AUGUCAGUCAGCGCAGAGGAGGUUGCCAAGCACAACACCGACAAGGACUGCUGGGUCAUUGUGGGUGACCAGGUGCUUGACGUCACCAACUUCCUGAGUGAGCACCCUGGCGGGAAGAAGUCCAUCAUGAUGUUUGCUGGCAAGGACGCCACUGAGGAGUUCGACAUGCUUCAUGACCGCAAGGUCAUUAAGAAAUACGGGAUCGACGAGGGAACUGUGGCAUUCUUGAGGAAGCGGCUGAUUGAGUCCGUUGCUCAUGAGGAAAAACAUCCUUGCGAGAUUGAGACAGCUUCAUCAGUAGGCCUAGUCAAUAGGCGACUCGGACUUAUGUAUACAUAUAUAUAUAUACCUGAAUCAUCCGGUGGUGCCUUUUUUAGCCUCUAA